CAGUUUCUCUUGAGCAAAAUCAUUUCUUGAGCUUAUUCUCAUCAUUUCCUCAGGUGAAAAAUGGCAGAGGAGCAGCCGCAGCAGGAGCAGAUGUUGAUUGAUUUCGACUCAGAUGGGUACUCCUCCGAUUCAUCCCUGUAUUCGUCAUCAGAUAUGUUCGGAUACGAUUCCGGAUCAAGCUCUGAUGAUGAAGACGGCGAAACAACGGAUGAGGAGGAAAUGCAAGAGAUGAUAGAGGAGGCAGCUGAGUUGGAAGCUAUGAGAAAUGCGGCCAAGCCUGAUGAUGCAGUUUCUGAGGAGGAAUUCAUUCAAGCCCUCUUGCGAGAAACCAAAGGCAAAGCCAUUAUGCCUGAAGAGAGCCCGAAAAGGAAGAAAAUAGCUGAUGCCAUGGAUCUAGACACUUUGGCCUUGGUUGCAGCUGCCAUGGGAGCUGGAAAGAACAAAGGAAUCCUGAUUAGGGAAAACCUUGGAAAUGCCAGCAGAUCUGAUGAUCAGGAAGCCGCCAAGAAGAAGGUCGCCUUGUCAAAUGUUAAGAUUCUUCAGGAUUUUAGCCGUGACGCUGGUGAAUUCAGCCGGCUUGGACAUUUCCAAUCAGGCCAUGGCGAUGAUGGUGAAGUUGAUCUCGGGAACGUUGUGAUGCAAUACCUAAGGGAGCAUCCGCCGCCACCGGCCAAGAAAGCCAGGCUGGCAACCCCCGUCUCCCUGGCAGAUUACACCAGGAAAUUGAAGCCGAAGCCGGUGGAGGAUGAUGAUGCUGCGGUGCCGAACCUGACGGCAUCCGAUUGCGGAAGCAUCAAGUCCGGGCUGGGGAUGGACAUGAUGGAGUUUAUGAGUAAAGGGGAAGAGUUUCGCAACGAAAUGUUUGCAAAGGUUCUGGUGCACCUGCUGAAGAAGAUGCCUGUUUGUACGACCCGCGGCGGCGUCCCUGGAGGAAGGCUCACCAAAGGGUUCCUCUUCAAGCAUGGUCCGGUUGAAGGGUCCAAGAUUAUCUGUACCUGCCAUGGCGAGAUCUUCAGCACCGCUGAGUUUGUGAAGCAUGCUGGUGGCCGCGAGGAUAUCCUCUUCCCUUCUAGGUUUAUCCAUCUUCAGUUCUUCUAAAUCAAGAUGGUCAUGGGAUUCCCUUCAUUGAUUUGAUUAGGAUUGAGUCAAACAAAGUCGUUCAUGCAGUCUAUUUCGUUUGUUGUAAUGCGUCAUCCUUAUUAAACCAAAAUCUCUCAUCUUUGUGUAAUAACAUGAAUGGGAGACUUGGUCCCUUAUUAGGUUUAUUUUCCCCCGUUUUCUUUUCAAAUUCGAGUCCUUGUAUUGUGCUGAAUCGAGAAAUUGAUUUGGUAGUGUCUUUGUGUUUGUAGGAUUAAUCGUUGGAUUGGGUUAAUCUGGUAGGAUGGUCGAUGUACUCUUUUUCUUUUGGGUGUCAAUGUGUGUUGUUGAACACAACACACACCCCCCUUUGUAAUGUGAGUCCAUCUUAUAUUAAUGAAGGGUUUGAG